CGUGAUGUAGCUAUUGAUGGAUAAGUAAAUUCACAAAGUGGGAAAGUGAGGGGUCAAGAUUUAGUGCCAAGCUGGCACUUCUGGCAAACUUUAUUUCUUUAAAAGUCAAUUCUGGUAAAAGCAAAUUCAGCUGUUACCCAGGAGGUCUUGUCUUCCCUUUCCUGCCCUGCCUGGGAAACGUGUCUACAUAGCUCUUUUUCUUUCUCACUAAACUGCCUCCGCUGUGGCCAAAUCGAUGUUGCUUCCCAGGUGGUUGCAUCCCACUGUGCAGUCAGGAUCGUACUUGAUAAUGUCUCAAAGUUACCAUGGAUAUAGGCUUUCUCUUAAAACUCUUUUAGCUGUUGGUCCUCAUGCAGCUGCAUCAUAUACCACUAAAAUUGAUACUGGCUGGAAGUGUUUGCAGUCGAUUGUUGGUAAGCUGCUUUGUUUGGGAGAGUUUUAAGCUUUUUAUCCCUUUUUCUUCCAGGGUGACGACCGAUUGCCAUGAGUUCAGCUAUUUCCCCCUGAUUUGCCGUUUGCCGGGCCGAAGUGCAGUAUGGCUACGGAAGCCAAGUACAGCAUCGUUCAAGAAGUGGGCCGAGGGAGCUACGGGGUGGUUUAUGAGGCCAUCGUUAAUAAAACUCGAAGCAAAGUAGCUGUAAAAAGGAUGCAUUGUAACGUGCCUGAAAACGUAGAGCUGGCUCUGCAAGAGUUCUGGGCCCUGCAGAGCAUCCAGAGGCAACAUGAAAACGUGAUCCAGUUGGAGGAGUGCAUCCUGCAGAAUGGCCAAGUCUUCCAGCCCAUUAGUCACCGUUACAGGAAAUCAGACAGCCAUUUGCUGCUCAUUGAGACCUGCCUGAAGGGGCGGAGGUGCAUGGAUCCCAAAUCGGCCUGUUUUCUGUGGUUUGUGAUGGAGUUUUGUGACGGUGGCAACAUGAAUGAAUACCUGCUGUCUCGCAGCCCCGACGCUCAGCUGAAUAACAGCUUCAUGCGGCAGCUCAGCAGCGCCGUGGCUUUCCUGCACAGAAACCAGAUAGUGCACAGAGACCUGAAAUCUGACAAUAUUUUGAUUUCUCAUAGACGUGGAAGUCCCAUAGUAAAGGUGGCGGAUUUUGGCCUCAGCAAGGUGUGUCAGGGGAAAGGGAAUGUGAACCAGCAUCGCUUCUCCUCUGCGUGCGGGUCAAACUUCUACAUGGCUCCGGAAGUUUGGGAAGGGCACUACACGGCGAAGGCUGACAUAUUCGCCCUUGGGAUCAUUUUCUGGGCUAUGGUCGAGAGGAUCACCUUCCGAGAUGGGGACACUGAGAAAGAAUUGCUCGGAACUUACAUCUGCCAAGGCAAGGAGCUUGUUCCCCUCGGAGAAGCAUUGCUGGAGAAUCCCAACAUGAAAUUACAAAUUCCCCUGAAGAACAAGAAGUCCAUGCCGGAUGAUCUCUGCAAGCUCCUUCAUGAUAUGUUGGCUUUUAACCCAAAGGAAAGAUUGGAUGCUUUCCAGCUGGAAAUCCGAAUCAGGCAAAUCUCCUACGGCAAAAAGCGCCAACGCUCUGUCUCGUAGAGAUGAAGGAUGUUCAGGUAUCGUGCCCCGCUGUGAUCUGGAGGCCUUGGAGGUGGCGAACAACUCUGCUUUCCCUUGGAAUGAGGGGGUUGAUCAGAAGAGUGCUGCCGACUUCCAGUUUUCCCCAAACGGUUAUAUUUAAAUGGACAAUAAUUUUAUUUAUUUGUACAGUAAUUUUAAGAGGAGAACUACCAAAACAAAAUAAUCUAUUUUUAUAAAAACACCGAAGGUUUGCAUACCUGCCACCUUUUAGGCAGUGAGUAGUGUAGGUGAAAACUUGGCUGAGGUGACCUUGACUGUCUGGCCGUAACACGGGCGCAUUUGUAGAGGAGUUUCUGAACUCGCUCUUUUUAAAACAACCCUCACGUGUCCUUUUGGUGCCAAGCUGCGACUGCCCUUUCAAAGGAUGGCAAAGAAACGUGCAGAAACCCUCUGGAGAAGGGCUUCUCUGCCCCUUUGCGUGCUGACUGCCUUUCCAGCCCUGGCUUCUCACAGCUAAUGCCGUGGUGCUUGUCCUUGGCACAGAAGCUGUCUUUAGGAGGUUUAAUUAGAGCUUUUUUUGUGUGUGUGUGUGUGUAAUUGUUCACUCCCUGUUGCUUGGCCACGUAACUGAGUGAUGUCUGCUGGAUGAGCUGGCAAAGUGUUCAGUGUCUAUUCUGAAAAGUUAGAGCAGAAACAAAAAUGUAUUUUCUUCACAGUAGCUUUUGAAUAUUCUUGCUUAGAUUAACUAAAAUGCUUUCUUAAAAUAAAUACAAAGAAUGUUAAAGAUUCCAACUCUUGAUUAGAACGUAUGCGUCACUAACACUUAAAGUAGUUUAAGGAAUCAUGCUUCCUGCUGUGUUAGCUGCUUGUGCCAGCUGUUCUUACAAGGGAAAUGAAAAGGACUGAACUGGAAUCUUGGCAGGUAAAUGGGGAGUAUAAUUUGCACCCUGUUGGAAAAAUAUUUUAAUGUAUCUGUAAAUAUUGCCCAUCUUUGCUUUUCUUAAGGAGCUGGGACCUCCUGGCAGAGGUUCGUGCGAUGCUCCUCUGUUGUGCCGAGGUGAAAUAGCGUCCUUCAGGGACAGCUUCUUUCUGUAAGAAAGCAAUAAAUUGCUAAAAGAACGAUAAGAUGGUGAGCCCCUCUGUGCCACCUAUGCCACACAGAGGACAGAAAUACAGCUAGUUCUGUUAGAAACAGAUUCUAUAUUUCUUCCCCCUGUCCUACUCUACCAGGAUUGUGGCUGCAAUAUAAAAAGACUUAAAAGUGAUGUGUCAUAAGCUAAAUUCAUGGAGAGGAUCUUUCUUCCUGCCAGGACUUUAUCCAGAGGCUCCACUGACCUUCCGUGGGAGAGCGUAACGUUUUCUCACCUGCUCCUCCAGGCUGUAAAAUAUAUUUGUCCUGCACAAAUAACCAUUAAUUGGCUUCUGUCCCUGCAACAGAUAAACGGGUGACCGGAGAGGAGUGGUCUUUGAAAAGAGCUGUUGUGGGAACGUAUAAAAAUUAAUUGCAAUAGUUAAACUUGACUUUUUCAUUUAGCGAAUCCAGUUUUGAAUUUCGAGAGCCCAACAGUGCGCCGUUGGGACAGCAAUAGACACGGUUGCUUUGAAGCUCAUUCAGCUUCUCUCACCUCUGUGCAGAUUUUAGGUGGAAACGUGCUGGAAAUGGGUGUUUGGAUCUUUCGUUUUUAAAAGCCACAGUCGCGGGCUUUGCUCUUCUGGUCGGAGCCAGGCCUGGUUUGACUGCAGCUUUACACCCGUUUUACCCACUUCUCACUGUUGCCUCCAUUUUUAACUCAUCUUGGACUUCUGGGGAAUCAUAACUUAGGGCUGUAUGCUGGAUUUUCCUUCCUCUGUUAUAAAUAUUUUCCUGCUUUGCAGAGCUGCUCUUCUGAACUAAGAUUUCUUCAACCUUCUUUUUUUAAUCCUGUAGCUGCCACUGCUUUGUUGUCUGCUUUCUGCCACCUCUCCUCAGAGCAUGCCGGUGGUCUUCCAGGGCUGUUUUUAGUGGAGUCCAGGGCCGUUUUUCUGGAGUAGAGACAGGUCUGCACACCCUCACAGCACGUGAGAACGUUGCAGGGCACAAGAAGGGCUGUUUACUCAUUUUCUUCCUUGUUUUGCCGUGCUAGGCGAGUAUCCUCACAGCUGCUAGAUAUUUUUAGCUAGUCUGUACAUAUGCUUUAAUCACUUGGAACUUUGUACUUUAUAAAUUAAUAAAACGCUGUGGUUUUUUUACUAAUGCAUUUUAAAAGUGUGGUGGUAAUGCUGAGAAUCUCUUUAGAAUCAUGUGACGCUUUUUUUUUUUUUAUUAAGGUACCACAAGUUUGUAAGUCUAACACCUAGUGAAUUGGUAAAUGAACACAGGCUAUGACAGCCUCUAAUUUAAGUGACUGCUUCUUAGAGAAAGGGGCGGUGGGAGCUCUCUGAAAACAAGCUUGAUUUAUUCAAAAGUGAUCUAAAAGGGUAAAUGUAAUGUCUAUAGCUGAGAAAGGAACAGAAUAAAACGGGAGAGUGCAUGAAUCCGUGUAUUCUGUUUCAAAAGCUGCGUGCAGCUCAUUAAUAGUAAUAUAGCUGAGAAAAAA